AUGAAGGCCAAACAAGGCUGCUGGACUUGUAAACAGCGGAAAAUAGGGUGCGACAGGGGUCUGCCAGUGUGCCACAACUGCACUCGCACCGGCAGACGAUGCUUGGGCUAUGGUGUUCGUCUGCUGUGGCCGGAUCGCCAUGAUGGCAGGCGAAAGGAUAGCGGCUUUGUAGUCUAUUCGCCGCCUGAGAAUCCGCUGGAGCUGUCUGAGACUUAUGGGCUGCAUUUCCUAAACGUUACGAACAACGAUGUGGCGUCGUCGCUGGAUCCUAGCUCUUAUAAUGCGCUCGUUACGAGGCCCUUCACGAAGCCAGCCCGAGCUCUCAAUCUCUAUCCCUCGAUGGUCGGCCAAGAUGCCAUGUUCAUGUCAUACUAUGAACGCGUUAUUGCUCCUAUGAUUUCGACCACGCAAGUUCAGAAUGGCUUCCGAACCGAUCUUGUCCAAAUGGUGUUAUCUCGAGGAGACAGUGCCACGAAAGCCCUCUGGAACUCCAUGAUGGCUGUUUCUGCUUUCCACCACAGUGGUGCCGAAUCUGCUUUGACGUACAAGACAAACGCUGUCCGCUACCUAUCCGCCUCUCUGACUCCGGGGAGUGAAACGAGAUCAAUCGAUCUAAACGAGACGCAGUUUGCUGCGUCUAUGAUGUUGUGUAUCUAUAGUGUGUUUGAUGAGACCGACGGUAACUGGACGACGCACCUCGAUGGAGCGAAAUAUAUGCUGGAAGGGCUAUACCCGGAACACCGGAGACACAUCAAAGCCGACUUCCUCUUCACUUGGUUCUUGUAUCAUGAAGUAUUAGCCUGCUUCAGCCAGCCACUUCGACAAGCCAACAAUUGCCUUGAUAUUCUUUUCCUGCUGGGUUCUUCCAACUGUGAUGCCACCUUGAUUCUUGGAGCUCUAGGAUGCUCGUUAGAAGUAAUUGCCAUUAUACACCGAGUAAACAAACUCCGCAUAGGCAUCAUGACAAAGGAAAUCGAGCCAAUGUCCCCCAAGCUGAUCCAGCAACGAUUCGAACUGGAGCACACACUACACAACAUUGUUCAAAGGCUCGAUCCUGCGGGAGACACCGGUGAGGCUCCCGCAAGGCGCACACGCAUCUUGGCUACUGCGGAACUUUACCGCAUAGCGACACUGCUCUAUCUCGUUCAUGUUGUCCCUCUGCCCGGAGACGAGGACCAGAAAACGACUUAUUUGGAAGAGGCGUUCGAUAUCCUAGAACGCUUAGGGGUGGCCACAAGCCCGUGGCCGAUAUUCAUGGCGGCUUGCGAGUGCCACACAGAUGAACAACGCAUCAGAAUUCUGCGCAUCUUGGAUUUGAUGAAUAAUGUGAGAAACAUUGGCAAUAUCCGGGUGAUGCGCAAUCUUAUCGAGACUUGUUGGAAGCACUACGAUCUUCAGGCCGACUCGACGUACACGAAUCGCAUGAAAUGGUGGGAGUUUGUUAAUUACGAAACAGCGGUACCUUGGUUUAUUUAA